CAUUUGCAAAAUAUUAUGUGAUUCAGUAUUUUGUACAGUCAGCAAGUAAUAUUCGAUGGUAUGCAUAACACAUUAAGUUUAUUGCUCCCAUCUCUAAACCACGGAGGUGUAAUACAGUCAUGACACUUUUAGUCGCAUUUUCAUCUGGGCUCAACAAACACUUCUCCAUUUGCACCGGAAUAUGUGAAAUGAUUUAAUGGGGAGAGGUUGCGUAGUCGAGACCGGCGAGAAUUUUGCUGGAUUGAUACAUUGACGUGAAUUUCAGAUGCAUCGCCCUAAUGGUAUUAAUCUGUCUGCCUGGAGAGUAUUCAGUUCAGCGCGAAGGCAAGGCAAGGCAGCAGGGAUGAUGUGAGUGCACGAAGACAAAUCGCUAACUGCCAUUUCAACCACAUUGGAUAUUUGCCGUCCAUUUUACAUUGGAAAGCAUGUUUAUUUUGUGUCAUAAUACGAAUAUGUAUAGACAAAAUGAACAUCUAGAAUCGAGGUGAUGAAGGCUGGCACAUUUCCAUCGCUAUUCUUCAAGGAAUGAAAACGCUCCAAGAUGGUCCGCAUCGCAAACGCUCUGGGUCUGGUCAUAUUGAUGGUUGCUCUACUCAUUUUAUCCUUAAUAAGUUAUGUGUCCAUUAGAAAGGACAGCAUCUUCUCUUCCACAAAAAAUGACAAUAUGGGAGGACCACGAAUAAUGUUCCACGCAGGAUUUCGGUCACAGUUUGCCAUGAAUUUCCUGGACCCAUCCUUCAUCCCGUUAACCAAUGCUCUGAAUGAGGAGCUGCAAGGGAAACCCUCCAAAUGGAAAUUCAAUAGGACAGCUUUUUAUCAGCAAAGGAAAGAGAUCUUCCAUUACAUUGAUGUGGCCAACAACUUCUCCCUCACCAAGAACGGUGUGCGCGUUGGCCAGCUGAUGCACUUCGACUACUCCAGUCACAAGUAUGUCUUCUCUAUAAGCAACAACCUGAAGUCACUGCUUCCUGAUGCUUCACCCAUCCAGAACAAGCACUACAACGUGUGUGCCGUGGUGGGUAACAGUGGGAUCCUGACUGGUAGUCAUUGUGGGCCAGAGAUCGACAGUGCCGACUUUAUCUUCCGCUGCAACUUCGCCCCUACCGACUCCUACUACAAGGAUGUGGGCCGGAAGACCAACCUCACCACCUUUAACCCCAGCAUCCUGGAGAGGUACUACAACAACCUUUUGACCAUCCAGGACCGCAACAACUUCUUCCUCAACCUGAAGAAGCUGGAGGGGGCCAUUUUGUGGAUCCCUGCAUUUUUCCUCCACACCUCGGCCACCGUCACACGGACCCUGGUGGACUUCUUUGUUGAGCACAAGGGGCAGCUGAAAAUCGAGCUGGCCUGGCCUGGAAACAUCAUGCAGGAUGUCAACAAAUAUUGGAAGACCAAGAACCUGUCUCCGAAGCGACUCAGCACUGGUAUCCUCAUGUACACUCUGGCCUCGGCCAUGUGUGAGGAGAUCCAUCUGUAUGGCUUCUGGCCCUUCGGCUGGGAUCCCAACACAGGCAAGGAGCUGCCCUACCACUACUACGACAAGAAAGGAACCAAGUUCACCACCAAGUGGCAGGAGACCCACCAGCUGCCCAGUGAGUUUAAGCUGCUUUACAAGAUGCAUGGAGAAGGUGUGACCAAGCUGAGCCUUUCACACUGUUCUUAGACACUCCAUCCUGGGUGACAGUGCGUCAAGAAAUUCAUUUGGUGGAGCUCCAACACAGCAGCUGACCUUGCGCUCACGUAACAUAUUUUGCGACUCGAAGCAGACAAUGCAUGAUUUAGUAGUAAGAUGUAUUACUCUUUCACUCCAGAAACACACCAUCAUACCACCACUGCAUCUUGCCUUUCAGCUUCGUCAUAGGGUAUGUAAUUCACACUUUAGGUUGCGAGGAACAUGGCACAGUAUUUCAAAUGUGAUUACUGGUUGAUGUCAUUAUGAUGCUGAAUAUAUUAUGUCACACUAUCAUAGUACUUAUCAUACAAUAUUUCACAUCACAUUAUUUGCAUUGCUAUCAUAAUUAUUGGGAUAAAUAGAUCAAUACAACACACAUACAUUUUAUGAAAAAUAAUCACUAUUUCCAAAUGAAAGUUUUUUCCAGAAUGUAGGGGUGAGGUGGGGGGCAUAAUUAUUAUUAGGCUAUAGCCUUAUUUCAAAGGGAUUUGAUUGUUCUUUUGAUAUCACUGCUUAGUCUCAGGGAAGGAUUUAAGAGAAGGAAUGUUUUUAUUUUUUUUAAUCAGAUGCAAAAGCUCCCAAUGAGGUGCAAGCAGACACACUGUCUAUUUUCCAUCCCUUUUCAGCAUACAGUGAAGUACCACAGGUGCCAGCAGACAGCCACUGGGCCCAGCCAGCACACUGCACUGCUAACUACAGUAGCAGUGAGAUUUGUUUACAAUGCCCCCUAAUGUAUAUAAUUGCUGCCCUAUUUAGAUAAAGAUACUGUAGUGAUAGCCACAGUCCCACUAUUUUACUGAGAUUCUGGUAAUAUUUAAAUUUGCGAAUGAAUAAUCUACAUUCCAACACCAAGCCAUAGACUGAGCUUAGUUACAGUACACUUUAAAGUAUAUAUAUUGUUGUUAUCAUCCCGCUUUAAGAAUUGUUCUUGAGGAAUUGAAACAAAACAUUCAGAAAAAGUGUCCGAAUUCUGUUUUUAGUUUCAUACGACUUCAACUCUUAUCUAUUUUCAAAAUACCAUUGAACACCAUGGUGCUAAAGGAAAAAGGAAUUUCACCAACCAGUCUUUACGUUGUGGGGUGCAUACCGUAACAGCAUUUUUUUGUUUUAGUCAAACACUGAACGCAGAACUCAUGUUAUGACCCAUGUAUCAACACAGGGUUUUGCUUCCCACCACAAUUCACUGUGUGUACAAAACUUUAAGAACGCUUUCCUAAUAUUGUCUCAAGGCUUACAAAUCUUUCUUUAACCUGUCUCCUCCCCUUCCUCUACACUGAUCUGAUUGAAGUGGAUUUAACAAGUGAAAUCCAUAAAGGAUCAUAGCUUUCACCUGUUCAGUCUAUGUCAUGGAAAGAGAAGGUAUUCAUAAUGUUUUGUACACUCGGUGUAUACAUUACUUUGACUUUUGAGACAUAAUCCAGAGAAAUUAAGUUUUGUUGAAUAAUUGUUGCACCUUGUACAAAGAGCAUGAUACACUAUUGAAUGACACUGCAUGUAAGAAACUAACAAAUUAUUUGUGCUGAUAUUCUAAUUUAAACAGCACCAGAAACAUUGUAUGAAAGCUGUUUUAAGGCAGAAAUUCCUAUCAAACCACUGGGACCAAAAUUCUUUGUUUUACCUUUCUGACAAUUAAAGAACUAAUGUAACUUUAUUUUUAUAUCUCUAGAUUAUAUUUACUCUCCUCAACAAAGUGUUACAUGAAACAUAUACUGUAUCAAGUCAAGCUCCACUAUGUUAGAGGAUUGGGUGUGGAUUGGUACUGUAGCUUUCAGGAUUUAACCAUUGAUGUCUGUACAUUGACUUUGCUCAAACGGUACCAUAUGAUAGCCACAUGAUGACUCACAGCACAUGCUCACAUUGGGAAGGAGGUGAGGUUGGUGAAAACACCACAAGUUGGCUGUAUUUAUUAGACAGAGGGUUUCGUCAUAGUGUACAUGUCAUGCACAAGAUAUGGGAUUGCCCUUAUGAGCAGGGGUAGAAAAUCUUUGGAAUUUACCUUAAAACAUUUUUCUUAUGAGUUCAGAUUUACUAUGCUCAUGAACCAGAUUAUUGGUACUUUUAAAAGACAAGUUAGUCAGUAUUACAUCGACCAUGGGUGUCAUGCUCAUGUAUUUUAGAACAGACCAUUUUUCCCCCAUCAUAGUACUGUCUGCCAUUAUUAUGACACAAAUAUAUGAUACGAAUGUGCCAUUAAUUUGUUAGGUAGUAGUUUACUCUUAGUCCAUACCCUGGUCGCGUAGAUUCGAUUUUAGAUUAAAUUAGAUUUAUAUUUUCACUAAUGUUUAUUUCUUAAAAGUAAAUACACCAAAGAAAGCCCAUUAAACAAGAGAUACUCAUUUAUCUGAAUGUGAUGUGAUUUAAAAUGUUGGCUUAAGUAUGGCAACCAAUGUACAACAAUAUAUUUCAUUCAAUUUAUGUUUUUUAUUUGAUGUGUUGUCAAAUGAUUUCCUGACAUAGAAAACACUUGAGUAGUUGUGUGGUAUAUUUGCCUUUUAUGUCUUGUCUAAUGGGUUCUGUUGUUGAAUUAUAAUGCCUCUAUGAAUGUCCUCCUUUAAAUGCUUCCAUGUACUGAUCAUCUCCAAAGAAAACUACAGUACUACUCACAUAAAUGAAGAGAAUGUUUGCUCCCCCACAUUUCCUUAGAGCAAAAUGUCCAAUGUGUGUGCAGACGCGUUUGUGUUCAAAAGGAAAGGUACUAACAGAAUCCCGGAUUGCAAAUCACCCCAAGUUUGUGCUUGCAUGUGUUUAUUUGCUAAGAACAAACUGAUAAGUCAUCAAAGCAGCCAGCCAUUUUCAUGUCAAAAGGCAAUUAUUGGUAAAACUGACAUUAAUUGUGUUUAAAAUGACAGCAUUUAUUCUUAAGACUUAGGUUUUAAUACAAUUUCAUAUUUUUUUCUGUCAGUACUUAUGACCUCUAAACAUUUUCUAUACUUUCUUAAAUGUGCAUGACAAUUUUGUUCCAGUAAUAAUCAAGCUUAAGUACCAAAUGUGCUCUUUGUCGUAUACAGUAGAACUCAUGGAUCCUGUAAUGCACUUUGUUAUCUAUGUUUGUAACACAAUAAUAGAUUUUCUCAUUCAUAUAUAAGAAAUGUAACCAUGACUGUGAAUGAGUUGUUGCAUAAUCAGUUUUGGAUUAUAUAUUGUCAAUUAUAAAUGUAUGUGCCUGCAUUUUCCUUCCAUCGAUGCCUCAAUGUGUCAAAUAAAAAAGAAACAUACUUUUUA